CUGUGUUCCAUUAUUACCCAGGAAAGAGAAGACGUGCACCUGUUGCGUUCUUAGGCUAUACACUAACUAUUUACAUUUAGAAUCGGGAACUGUAGGUAGGUGUAGUCAUUAUUCUGCUGUUCUAACUUUAUUUGUGCAGCAGACCGUCGUCUAUAACCGAGGACAGUUCAGACCAGUCAAGAACGGUACGUGGUAGGAAGAAUGGCUCAGGUGUGGUUUACAGCUUACUUCGUUGGGGUUCUCUGUAGCCUCUCGGUUUUAAAAGCGUGCACAUGGGACUCAAACACGGAGCUGGAGCAAGGCCUGGACCCUAAAUCAUUUGAUGACGGCGCGGGUUACCUGGCUUACCUGCCGAACAUCUCAGACGCAGAAGAGUGCAAACAAGCUUGUUGUGACAAAGACGAAUGUCAGCUCGCUCUCAUCGGGACUCCAGCAGCAGACGGAAAGACAGAGUGCACGCUGGUCAGCUGUAUGAAAGACGGCAAAGACGUGUGUGUUUUGAUGCCAAGCACACAGUUCAAGGUGUACCGCAAAACCCAGGUCAUUUCUGCUGACGAGGAGCGCCAAAACGAGGCUGAUGUUCACGCUGUAAACACAACAGAUCACUGCCUUCAGCCAAGUGUGGUGGGAAAUUGCCGUGCUGCCCUCCCACGAUUCUAUUAUGAUGCCACCAACCAGACAUGCAAGCAGUUCAUCUAUGGCGGCUGUGGGGGCAACAAUAAUAACUUUGAGACCCAGGAGGCGUGUGAGACAUCCUGUAAUGGGGUGACAGGUACUGUUCUCAGUGACUCUCGCACUCUCUCUCCACGCAGCCGAAUGUCUGUGCACGAAAACAACAAUGCUGACGAACCCAAGGCUCUUCCUGAGAUGACAUCAGACGAAUUUCAAGAGAAGUGCCAAAUCGCUCCACAGACUGGGCUCUGCAGGGCCUCCAUCAGACGCUAUUACUACAACAAUGGCACCUGUGAACCAUUUGUCUAUGGAGGGUGCGGUGGCAACAAGAACAAUUAUGAAACAAAGGAGACAUGCAUGACAAGCUGCACAGUGAGAAUUAUUCCUAGCAACAAGAAGGAAUCUGACAUCCCCACCACACCUAACAGCAUCUAUUCUUACCAAGAAAUCUGUGUUGUGCCAUCCGACUCUGGUCCGUGCCGUGCAGCCUUCCGUCAAUUUUACUUUGACUCCAGCUCUCAGUCCUGUAAGCCCUUCAUCUAUGGAGGCUGCAGAGGAAACCAAAACCGCUACAGCACUGAGGAAGAGUGCCUGUCAGCUUGUGCGGGGAAAGAUGGCCGUUUUGAUGAACACGGACACCACAAAGAUCAUAGACAUUGGACUCCAGCCUUCUUCCUAGUGACCACCGUGGCCAUCAUGUCUGCCCUACUGCUGGUAGGUUUGAUCCUGAUCUCAGUGCGCAGGAACUCAAACAAGGGCGUCCUCAUAUUGGAUGAUAAGGAGGAGUUGCUGCCUGCAGAUGAUAUGAUUUUUGACCCACAACCCAAAGCGGUCUCAAACUAAACAUCUGUUCUAUUCAGUGUCUGGUACAAAUGUCUAUCUCAUGACACUCCAACAUUCAAUGGAAUAAAACUAAUUGGAAUUUGAGUUAAAUUGUGGAAGAGGUUCCCUUAAAAUUAGUACCUUUUUAUUUAGAAUUAAAGAGGCAGAGGUAAAGUAGAAAAAUAACUAGAAUACUGUAUUCGCAGAGCUGACUUCAGGAACUAAUCAAGAAUAAAGUAUGUUUAAUUGUAGUUUCAAUGCAAAAUGCUACUAUGUUUAGCUGUAAAAGUGGGAUACUUUGCACUACAUUUUGGUGAGUUGGUUUGUAAGGAAAUAUUCUGUAACCUUUCUUCAUCUAUAUUUUUUCAUUGGUUAGAAUCCUAUAUUAUAUAAAUAAAUCCACUAUCAGGAAUAUA